AAGUUCAAGAACAAAAAGACCAAAAAUAUCUGUAGAAUUCUCUUAACUUGGCUGGUCUAAACUGGAAAUUUUGUUUAAACCCAAAAAAACGCUGACUCGACUCAUUUAUCUCUCUCUCUCUUACCCUAGAACUACAUCCUCCUAUAAUCGCCUCCUUCCCCAACUAUUACCAAUUUUCCGCUUCUUUUCUCUUUCUCUCUCUACCUUUUCUCUAAUUUUCUCUCUCUAGUUUCUAUUCUAACUAAACCCUAGAUCUCGUCGCACGAUGUACGGCUGUGGUGGUGAAUCCAAUCCUCCUCCUUCCGGAGGCGGAUACGGCGGUGGUUAUGGCGGCGGAAGCUAUGGAGGCGGUGACAGAGGUGGCGGAUAUGGCGGUGACAGAGGUGGCGGUUAUAGCGGUGGGAGAGGUGGUGGCGGUGGUGGUGGAGGAGGAGGUUAUGGUGGCGGUGGUAGAGGUGGUGGUGGUGGAUAUGGCGGUAAUUCUGAUAGUCGAGGUGGUGGAUAUCAAGGAGGAGGAGAUCGAGGCAGUCGUGGAGGUGGAAGAGGCGGUGGUGGCGGCGGCGGUGGCCGUGGAGGAAGUGGAAGAGAUGGCGAUUGGCCCUGUCCUAAUCCUGGUUGUGGGAAUUUGAACUUUGCUAGAAGAACUUCUUGUAACAAAUGCGGGGAACCUGCUCCUGCGGGUGCUGGAGGCGGUGGUGGUGGGGGUGGUGGUGACCGUAGAGGUGGGGGUGGAGGUGGUGGCUACAAUAGAGGAGGCAGUGGAGGAUAUAGAGGUGAUAGAGGGGAUAGGGGUAGGGAUUAUGACGGUGGAAGGGGUGGAGGUAGGGAUAACAAUUAUGAAGGUGGAAGAAGUGGAGGUAGCAGAGGUGGUUCUUAUGGUGAUGGUCAGGGUAGAAAUGACAGUGGAUAUGGCCAGGCUCCCCCAGCUGCACCUUCUUAUGGUGGAGCUGUACCGAGCCCUUAUGGAGCAAACCCUGUCUAUGGGAAUGAUUCUGCUGUCCCUCCUCCUACAAGUUAUACUGGUGGGCCUGGUUCCUAUCCUCCAUCAUAUGGAGCACCAGCAGGUGGCUAUGGUGGUGAUGCUUCUGGAGAUUAUCGUGGUGCUGGCCGCGGUGGACCCCCUAGUGGUGGCUACGGUGGUGGUCAAAGACAGUCUAGUGGUGGUUAUGGUGGCGAUGCUCCUACUUCUGCUGAACCUCCUAAAGUGAAGCAAUGUGAUGAAAACUGCGGAGAUUCAUGUGACAACUCCAGGAUUUAUAUCUCGAAUUUGCCACCGGAUGUCGCUAUUGAAGAACUUAGAGAACUUUUUGGAAGCAUUGGAAUUGUUGCAAGAAUCAAGCAAAAGAGGGGCUACAAGGAUCAGUGGCCGUACAGUAUAAAACUGUACACAGAUGAUAGUGGAAAGAACAAGGGUGAUGGUGUUUUGUCAUAUGAGGACCCAUCAGCAGCUCAUUCUGCUAGGGGAUUUUUUAACGGCUAUGAUAUCAGAGGGCACAAGAUCAAUGUUACAAUGGCAGAGAAGUCUGCUCCAAGGGCACCUCAAUCUUUUGGAGGCGGUGCUAGAGGUGGGUAUGGAGGUGGAGAUCGUCGAAGAGACUAUGGAGGUCCAGAUAGGCAUUCUCAUGGUGGAAAUCGUUCUCGCCCAUACUGAGAAUUUCUCGAGCAUAUUAUGUACUAAGAAAAAAUGUUGUCUUGAGGAAUUUUAUUGUAGUCUCGCUGCGGGGUUGUUCCCAAAAGGAGAUAAAGAGGUAGGUUGUUCACUUGCUUUGAGCAAUGCCCCUUUACUCCUUUAGUAGUUUACUUCGAGGGGUUUUUUUCUAGGGUUGGGAUUGAUUUGAACUGUGUGACUGUCUUUUAUAGAGGCAAGUGGAUAAAUCUCAAAAUUGCUGCUAUGGUAGUUGAACUUUCAGGUGAGUGCUGCUUUAUUGAGACUGCAUAUCUUUGUUUAGAAAAUUUAGUUAGUGGAUUUUCUUUUUAUCUUUAGCUUAUAGUGAAGACUUAGAUUGCAUUUUUGAGUUGAUUUUAAGGUUUGUGAGCGCAGUUGUUGAUUUUGCUUGAUACGUGGGGAACUUUUUGGUGUCACUGUUAGUUUUAUAUUUUGCUGGAAACUAAUUUCAAGUUUUUGGUAAGAUUGAUAGGACUAGAUAGCAAAUUCUUACAGAUGACAAGUGGAAUUGGAAAAAAAAUAUAUUGAACUGAGAGCUUGCAGUGACAUUCAGUUGGCCCUUGAAUUGUAUUUGUUGGUUUUGAGUUGAAAUUGGAUCAAACUCAAGAGAUCAGCCUCCGAACUACAUCCGUCCAUGCUUUUUUGUUCAAAGUAUUAUUGAUGUUCGUUUCUUGAUAGUACAUACACUACAUAGUUAUAGGUUGUGUGCUCUUAGUUCUCUUGUCAAAUUAUUGUUGGUUUGCGUGCUAUUUUAAGUAACUGGUAAUAACAACUUGAGAUACAAAGUAACAUCUAUCUGGCGCAAAGCAUAUGGAAGAUAAUGGAGUGAUGGGCUUGAAGACUUGGCAGGUCUAAUGCAAUCGUGUUUUGGAGUUUGCUUGGUGUCCUCUUGCUGCUUUCAGACAUGCUCUUUGGUUGCCAAACUUCUUUAACAAAAGCGUAAUAGGCAUAAAAGCACUAGAAUUUUACUUUUGGAGUUAGUUUUGUGCUGAAUCUAAACUGUAGAACUUUGUUUAAUAAUCAUUGUAUAACUGACUACAAUAAAAGGUUGAUAUUAAUUAGCUAUAGUACAUUUUGGCUUCCUUUCAA